AUGGUUGGCCAUGUCCAGGGUGGCUCCACCUGUCUGGCCUGUGGCAACUCCCACUCAGGUGGAAUCCUGGCCUGCAACAAGCUUGAAGUGCUCAAGAAACCUGGCGUCAUUCUCGCGGUCAUGAAGAAAGCCCAGAACACUCAUGACAAAUUCUUCGACCUCAGGCCGCCGGAUUCGAGGCUGAAGGCAUCGAACUCCUUAAAUCCGAAACCUCGAACACCUACCUCCAAGCGUGGAGUCCAGUCCAUACGGGAUUCUGAAAGCGAGACGAGGAAACACCUUUACAGCAUACUCAAGUCUCAGGUUUCCACUGAGAACAGGCCCCAUCAGUCAGAAGCCAGCAAUACGGAACUUGAAAAUGACCGCGAAAAACUCUUCGACUACAAGGUGACGGCUCUCGAAUCUGAGGGCAUUGAAUAUGCACGCGCUCUCAAGAGAAAGGCAGACGAACACGAGCUAGUAACACCUUACUUGAGAAACAGCUUCGCCAUGUACGCCGCUCUGGAGGCGACCACUCUAAACCAUUCUUGA